AUGCUGUUAUCAGUUUCAGCUGAGGAUGCUCCUCUAGCACCCUAUAGAACCGGACCUGAUCGGUUGCAGGUAAUUGGCCUUAGUGGUUUGAUCACAGCACCACCUUACUGCUCAAAGUGUCCAGAAAGCAUUGUACCUUUGGAAAACUCAUCGUACUCAUGCGUCCUCUCUCUGUCUGUCUCUCAGUGGUCGUACUCUCUGGAGAAGCCGAGCACAGGAAGUUUGUUCAGCCUGGCCUGGUCUGCAGAUGGCACUCAGCUGGCGGGAGCCUGUGGAAAUGGACACGUCCUGUUUGCUCACGUCGUGGAGCAGCGAUGGGAGUGGAGGAACUUUGAAAUCACACUCACAAAGAGACGCACGAUGCAGGUGAGAAACGUGUUAAAUGAUGCAGUAGAUGUUCUGGAGUUCAGAGAUCGGGUCAUCAAAGCAUCACUGGCUCACGGUCACCUGGUGGUCACCACCUCUCUGCAGUGUUACGUCUACAGUGCUAAGAACUGGAAUACUCCUCUGAUCUUUGACCUGAAGGAGGGUACGGUCAGCCUUAUCGUGCAGGCGGAGAGGCACUUUCUGUUGGUGGAUGGAGCAGAGGUCUAUGUGUUCUCAUAUGAGGGCCGUUUGGUGUCGUCUCCCAAGAGUCCCGGCAUGAGAAUGGACAUCCUGAACACUCAGUCCAUCUCCCUGAGCAACGACACCAUCGCCAUACGUGACACAACUGAUGAACGAGUCGUCUUUCUGUUCGAAGCCCAAACGGGAAAAGCCAUUGGUGACGGCAAACCUUUCAUCCACAAGAUAGAGGUGGUGUUCAUCGCUCUGGAUCAGUGUGGCCCGUCUAAUGACAGAAGGAUCGCCUUGAUCGAUAAGAACCGUGACCUCUACCUGACCUCUGUGAGAAAGCUGGGCCGAGCUCACAGCAUCUAUAAGAUUGGUUCGAUGGUCGACACUGUGGCCUGGAACGACUCUGCUAACAUCCUGUGUGGAAUCCAGGACAACCAGUUCACAGUGUGGUAUUACCCUAGUGUGGUGUUUGUGGACAAAGACCUGCUCCCCAAAACCAUCUUCAGCAAGGACAGCAGGUGCACACACACACACACACACACACACACACACACACACACACUAACUUCACUGUGAGCACAUCAGUGUCUGCUAUAUAAAAGCUGUCAGAUCUGAGAACAUUCAGAGACAGAUGCACAGUCAUAUGUAGAGGGUUUCACCCAGCCUCAAAUGAACCACCAACACCAGGCUCUUCAGGGAAACACGUCUGAGGACACACAAUUAACACACACUCCUUCAGUUUCACUCUCGUUCAGCUGACUCUCUCCAGUCACAGGCUGUUCUGAGAAUGAUUUCUA